CUAUUAUUUACUUCCAGUGUUGAAACGUAGUAAAAGUUGACAGGUAACAUGCUCUUAAAAACCUUCAGACAGCUGUGCAUUUGUCCAAGGCCAGUAUUUUGCACACGACCAUACAGUGGUGGAUCUAUGCUUUUCACAGGUAGUGGACAGGUGACAUUACAACAAAACGAUGCCACUGGUAUAGCUGUAGUUACUUUGGAUAAUCCAGGAAAGAAAAAUGCUUUAUCAGGAUCUAUGAUGGUUCAGUUGGAAGAUAUAGUACAGAAACUAGAGAAAUGGGACGAUGGUAAAGCUGUGAUAGUAACAGGAAAUGGUCAUGACUUUUGUUCAGGAGGAGAUCUAGAAUUUAUCAGAAAAAUCUUAAACAAACAAGGUGGUCAAAAAAUGUGCACACAUAUGCAAGGAAUGCUCACAAAACUGAAAAACUUACCUUUAAUAAGUGUGGCCUCGAUUUGUGGUCUGGCAUUAGGCGGUGGGGCAGAACUUUGUACAGCUUGUGACUUUAGACUAAUUACAGAGAGUGCUAAAAUAGGAUUUGUUCAGUUAAAAAUGGGAUUGGCCACAGGAUUUGGAGGAGGCACCAGAUUGACAAAAAUAAUUGGUAGGUCAGAGGCGAUAAAACUUCUUUGUUCUGGAAAAGUGCUAAAGGCAGAGGAAUGUUUGAAGAUUGGAUUGGUGGAUGGGAUAAUAUCAAAUCAAGAUGAACAUAUUGCUUAUACAACGGAAUGGAUUCAAAGCAAUUUUCCUCAUGACAGUUCCUUGACCAGGAAAAUGAAAGAAAUAAUUGUAGGAGCGACAGAAUUAGAUGAACAAAAUUCAUUAGCUAAUGAAAAAGAAAUUUUUGUACAGACCUGGAGUUCUCCAUUGCAUGUUGAUGCUGUUAACAGCAAUAUUAAGCAUAAAGAGUGAAUGUAAAUAAUAUAACGUAACAGAUCUUUCUUGAUUAUGAUUUUAUUAUCAGUAGUUUUAAAAGAAAACUCCAUUUAAAAAAGCAUACAGUAUAAAAGCAGGGAAUUUAAUUUUACGUUUUGUAGUUGAUUAUGGAAUUUCAUUCUUGAGUUGGAUAUUUUCCUAUAUGUUUUCAGGAGUGUGAAGGACAAGUCAAAGUGUCAAAAAAUCUUACCUCUUGAGAAAAUUAAAAUUCAGUAUCUAACAACAAGAUGUAUACCGAGUAUAUUUUCU